AGGAACUUCUACUACAUCACCAUGCUGCGAGACCCAGUGUCCCGCUACCUGAGCGAAUGGAAGCACGUGCAGCGCGGAGCCACCUGGAAGACCUCGCUCCACAUGUGCGACGGCCGUUCGCCCACACAGGACGAGCUGCCCACCUGCUACAACGGUGACGACUGGUCGGGGGUCACCCUACACGACUUCAUGGACUGCCCUUCAAACCUUGCCAACAACAGGCAGGUGCGCAUGCUGGCUGACCUCAGCCUGGUGGGUUGCUACAACCUCUCCACCAUGAACGAGAGCGAGCGAAACCCCAUUCUCCUAGCCAGCGCUAAGAGUAACCUCAAAAACAUGGCUUUCUACGGCCUGACCGAGUUUCAACGCAAGACGCAGUACCUGUUCGAGCGCACUUUCCACCUGCGCUUCAUUUCCGCCUUCACCCAGAUCAACAGCACGCGGGCCGCUAAUGUGGAGCUGCGGGACAACAUGCGCAGCCGGAUAGAGCAACUCAAUAUGCUGGAUAUGCAGCUGUAUGAGUUCGCCAAAGACCUCUUUCUGCAGAGAUAUCAGUUCGUCCGACAGCGGGAGCGGCAGGAGGAGAGAUUGAAGAGAAGAGAAGAGAGACGGUGGAUUAGAGAGCGCAGAGUCAACCAGAGCAAAGAGCCCAUUGUGGAAAACCAAACUAGGGUCACCACCACUGAGGACUACGCCAGCCAAGUGGUCCGUUGGUGA